CUUUGUUAGGGAUUUUUCACUACAUUUCCCAUAAUUCCCUUUUAAGUGGCCACUGUGCUGGAUGACAGCUAUCCGGCGCCGAAACACCGAUAGACACAGACGAAAGAACCAUGGCGGCCACGGGUGGAGGGAAAAUUAGAAGCAGGAGAUAUCAUAUCGCUUCUAAACCUUACGCCAAGAGCAAACAGCAGACAGGCCUCAUCAGUAGAGUCACAGAUACCGUAAAAAGCAUCGUUCCUUCCUGGCUGCAAAAAUAUUUCAAAAAUGGAGAUUCAUCUGAAGGAGGGGAGUCGCUGGACGGUUCAGACCAGAACUGCCAGGUGCCACCUCUUCCUCCCAACAGUAGCGAAGAAGCACCCUCUCCUCUUGAUGGACGCAACUCUCCAGAGCCAAGCACUAGUACCACAGAACCCUCCACUAGUCGUGCAUCCCUGAAUUUUCAGGAUUACGUGCUGUCUCGACCUCCUCUGAGUCGUACCCACCUUCAUUUAACCCCUCUGGAUACUUCCUCCCCGACCUUUGGAGGCUCCAGCAACCUCUUCUCCCAGCCUUCCACCUCCUCGGCCCCUGGACCCUUUUCCACCGGCUUUUCAUUGGUUAAGGAAAUCAAAGACAACCUUUCUCAGCAUGAAGAUGAUAACAUCUCCACCACAAGUGGAUUCUCAUCUCGUGCGUCAGACAAAGAUGUCCCCACUUCCAAAACUGCAUCACUUCCUCUUCUUUGGUCUCCAGAAAUGGAAAGAACAAACUCUGGACCUCAACCUUCUCAGUCUAGUUUGAAAAAGCCGUCCUUUAACCUGUCGGUCUUUGGCACCUCUUCUAAUUCAACGUUAAACAGCACAGUGCUGAACUCUAGCCAGCUCGGAGAUUCACCUUUCUACCCAGGGAAGACCACGUAUGGUGGGGCAGCAGCAGUGAGGAGCUCCCGCAGUCGUCCUGGAACACCUUACCAGGCCCCAGUGAGAAGACAGAUCAAAGCAAAGCCUGCUGGGGCACAGCCCUGUGGGGUGACCAGCGCCACCGCCAGGCGGAUCCUCCAGUCCUUAGAGCGGAUGUCAAGUCCACUGGCUGAUGCCAGGAGGAUCCCCGCAGCUUCAUCCAACCUUUCACCAUCAAUGGAUGUAAUGAAUAUGGAUAUGUCUAAUGACCAAGCAAAAAGGAAACGGAUGGACUUGGCCCUCCCUCCAGUGAAGAAGCUUGUGGUUCCAGCAACCGCUUCUGUUUCAGGAAAUCGAUCAGUGUCCUUCAAACCAACUUUGACGCCUGGAGGGUUCAGAACUCUGAGCAGGAGCACAAGGGAGAAAACGCCCACAAGACAAUCACCUCAACUACCUGAAGAAAACCCAGGUCCCUCUCAAAGCACAAGAAGUCUUGGUGGGCCUGUCUACCCUCUGUCCAGCACCCCCGCACCUCCCAGUGUGAGCUCUGGAGGAGGCAAGAUGAAGAGGGAGAGAACCACAGCACGGCCCUCCAAGCGAACCGAAGACGAUGAGGUGACUGAGGAGCCGAAGCUGCCGGCCAUUUCUCUGCCCAUCGCCGCAUCGUCCUUGCCUACCUUCAGCUUUUCUACUCCCCUGCCACCUCCCACCACCUCCACAUCAGUUACCUCCUCUCCUGAGAUCAUAGCCGUUACUCCUGCGAAGGAAAUGGCCACGAAUAAGGAUCCACCAAAGGCCUUGACACCACCGUGUGUACCUUUCACGUUUUCCUCACCUAUAGUCAAAGCUACUGCUGCUAGCCCCCCUUCUUAUUCCUCCUCUCCUGGUUUUACUUUCAGUGCGCCUGUCGCAAAGCUGGGCCCCUCCAUGUCAAACGGAAAUCUAUCUGCACCCAUCGCUGCAGCCGUGAAGCCGGUAACGAGCAACAAGAUGGAAGACUUUGAUGGACCUUUCAAACCAGCCAAGACGCUGAAGCAGGGCAGCGUGCUGGAUCUGCUCAAGUCUCCUGCUUUUGCCUCCUCUGUUGCUUCGGUUUCUCCAAGCACGAUCACCACCUCCCAGCAGGAAUCUCCUCAGUCCACCGCCUCGCCCUCCACUACGACAGCCUCUUCAUCCUCAUCUUCAUCAACAGGAUUUAGUAAUUUGUUUAAAGCUCCAGAAGGCUGGAGCUGUGAUGUAUGCUUAGUUCAGAACAAACAAUCAGAUUCAAAGUGUGUGUGUUGUUUGGCCCCCAAACCCAACCUCUCCUCCAAACCUACGGACAGUAAUCCUUCGCCCGCCGCUUCUGUCGGGGUGGAGAACAGCAGCAUAAGCGCCGCCUCCUCCACUACGACCACGACUGGGUUUGGUUCAAUGUUCUCCAAACCUGCGGGAACCUGGGACUGUGACACGUGUCUUGUUGUGAACAAACCCGACGCGGUGAAGUGCGUGGCCUGUGAAACGGCCAAGCCUGGGACCGGGCUCAAACCCUCCCUGACUUUUCCCUCCGCGUUCACAACUGUUAAGACGCCGCCUGCAUCCACAACCCCCGUUUCCACUGGUGCCAGUGGGCUAGGAGACAAAUUCAAGAAACCAGAGGGAGCGUGGGAAUGUGACACGUGUUUGGUACAGAACAAAGCAGAAGACAUUAAGUGUGUAGCCUGUACUGCUGCAAAACCAGGUGCUUCAGCAGGGCCUUCCUCCUCCUCAUCGUCAAGCAGUGCCCCACUGUUUGGAUUGGCAGACAAGUUCAAGCAGCCAGAGGGAUCAUGGGAGUGUGAUGUCUGCUGUGUGCAGAAUAAGGCUGCAGAUGUGAAGUGUGUUGCCUGUCAAGCAGUGAAACCUGGCGCUAAUGUAGAAGCCAAAGCCUUUGGUUCAUCUUUGGGCACCUUGUCUGGUGCCACAUCAGGAUCCUCCACUUCAGGCUCUUCUACUUUUGGAGGUUUUAAAUUUGGCACAUCAGACAGCACAUCCGGAUCUGCAUCUGCAAGCUUUAAGUUUGGAACGUUGCCUUCUUCCACAUCUUCUCCAUCUGGUGGAUUCAAAUUUGGGGUCCAACUUGGAAACUCCUCAUCGGAGACGUCCUCAAAAGAAGCAGAUGGCUCAUCAGGGUUUAAGUUCGGCUCCUCCUCUGGGGGUUUUAAAUUCGGGACUUCCUCUAGCGAUGACAAAAAGUCUGACCAGCCCGCCUCAGAGCCAGCUUUCAAGUUUGGAGUCAGUAGUGGGGCCAUGUUUGGAAGUGCAGCAGCUAGCACAGAGAGCAGCGCUCCUAAGGGAGGGUUCACCUUCGGACUGUCAAAACCUAAAGAUGAAACAUCAGAAAGCGCCUCAGCCACUCCUCCUUCCUCCUCGCAGGACAAAGUCAGCAUUCCUGCAUCAUCAAAUCACACCACAACAGAAAACGUAACCACAACCAGUGCCACAACCACCAAGAAAUCUGUAUUCGAGAGAUUAGGUGAAUCAAACCUGGCAACCAACACGUCCAAAACACCCCCUACAUUUGGAUCAUUACAGGCAGGCAAAGAGCCAGCAGCUCCCACUUUUGCCUUUGGAAAGCCAGAGGAGAAGAAGGAACCGAAUGCCUCUGCAGCUCCGCCGAACUUUGUGUUCGGAGGUGCUAGUAAGGAGAAGGAAACUCCAGCUGCUGCAGCUCCUUCAGGAGGUUUUUCCUUUGGGAAGCCGGGAGGUUCAACAGAACAACCUCCGCCUCCUUAUUCAUUUGGGAAGUCGGCAGAAAAGAGUGAAAAUCCCACCUCGGAGGCACCAAAACCCACAUUCAACUUUGGACAAAAUGCUGCAGAUUCUGCUGCUCCUCCCCCGAAACAAGCGUUUUCUUUCAUAGCGAGUAAUCCCAACAGCACCACCUCAUCCACCCCAACCCCUGCCCCAAGUUUGUUCAGUGCUGCUGCCGGCAACAGCACCAGCACCACUUCGGCCCCCUCAGCCCCGCCCAGCACUUUUCUGUUCGGACAGCCCUCUACAACCACCACCAGUGACGCCGCUCCAGCAAAACCCUUCGUCUUUGGCAACAGCCAGGAGCAGCCGGCGGCCUCCUCAGGCGCUCCUGUGAACUCGGCCCCGGCUCAGCCUUUCAUCUUUGGUGCUGCAGCAAACCCUGCCGCACCUCCUGCUGCGUCUGCUUCCUCCUUUGGGUUUGGAACAACUGCGCCCUCUGCUGCCUCAACAUCAGCACCAUCUGCUGCUCCCUCCCCAUUCGCAUUCAGUUCUGCCCCCUCUAGUGGUUUUGGAGAGAACCAGACUCUUACGUUUGGGUCCACCUUUGGAACUCCUUUCCCGGCCACGCCCUCCCAGCCACCAGCCUUCGGGGCCAAACCCAACGCCACGCCUGUCUUUGGCCAACAGACAAACUCCACCUCUGUUUUUGGGACUUCUGUUAACGCUGCUCCAAGUGGAGGCUUCCAGUUUGGAGGAGCCAGUGCAUUUGGAUCCACAAACAAUUCUACCCCUGGUGUGUUUACGUUUGGAGCUGGAGCUGCAGCUUCACCAGCACCUCCUGCCAACUCCUCCAUGGCGCCCCAGUCAGGAGCAGCUGGUGGUGGAUUCAACUUUUCACAAACCCCUGCGUUCAACAUCGGGGUAGCUAAGUUCUCCUCCCCAUCUCCAGCGGUGACGCCAGCGAUCGCCGGCCGCAAGAUCAAGACUGCCGUGCGACGCCGAAAAUAAAACCACAUGGUCUUAACACGACUGAACGCUCGACUCUGACUCUGACUGUGUCCCCACUGGAUAUAGGAACGUGGAUGAUGCUUGGUAUUUGGAAAGGCUCGAGGUGACAAACGGGUUUUAUCUGCAGGCUCAUCUGGGUAUUGAUAGGUUUUUCCUCAAAUAGACCAGAGCUAUUAAUGUGUGACAUUUUGACUAAAAAUGUAAAAAAAAAAAAAAUUAAAAAAAAAUCUACUUUAGACUGAACUUUGACCUCGACUUGAGACACAACAAUCAAGCAAACACCCGACAUGGAGAUCCAACCAAACAGGCAUAUCUAUAUUUUAGACACCGGCAAACGUCUGCUAGACUUUAGGCAUGACUUUUCGUAAUAAAAUCACAAAAGCAAAAAACUGCAAAUUA